AUGCCGAUCAAGUCGAGAUUCCAUAGGCUAGAUGCCUUUACAAAGACCGUUGAAGAUGCGCGAAUACGGACAACCUCUGGUGGAAUCGUCACCAUCGCCUCGUUACUCCUGAUUUUGUGGCUAUCAUGGGGCGAGUGGUCGGACUAUAGGAAAGUCGAGGUCAGUCCUGAGCUGAUCGUUGAUAAAUCAAGAGGAGAGAAGAUGGAGAUCCACCUCAACGUGACCUUUCCUCGCAUCCCCUGCGAACUCCUGACCCUCGAUGUGAUGGAUGUGUCUGGUGAAAUCCAGGCGGGCGUCCAGCACGGCAUCAACAAAGUCCGCCUCUCUCCUCUGUCUCAGGGCUCGAUCGUCCUCAGCACCGAAGCCCUUCAGCUCCAUGCAGACGCUCCGGAGACCAAGCUUGACCCAGACUACUGCGGCAGCUGCUACUCGGCACCAGCUCCUCCCAGUGCAAAAAAGGCUGGUUGCUGCAACACCUGUGAGGAGGUGCGCGAAGCCUAUGCUGCCAACUCAUGGGCUUUUGGGAAGGGCGAGGGUGUUGAGCAGUGCGAGCGCGAAGGAUACGGUCAGCGGUUGGACUCGCAGCGGCAAGAGGGUUGCAGAAUCGAGGGUGUCGUCCGCGUCAACAAAGUGGUGGGCAAUUUCCACUUUGCGCCGGGCCGCAGCUUCAGCAACGGUAAUAUGCACGUGCAUGAUCUGCAAAACUACUUCGAUACACCGGUUGAGGGCGGCCACACGUUCACGCACGAGAUCCAUCACCUUCGUUUUGGACCUCAGCUACAAGACGAGGCCGAGAGCCGCUGGCAGGGCAGCAUCGGCGGCAACGGCAACCCGCUCGACGGGACCAAGCAGGACACUCAAGAAGCGGCAUUUAACUACAUGUACUUCAUCAAAGUGGUUAGUACGUCCUAUCUGCCGCUGGGUUGGGAUGAGAAGAAGAGCGAAACGCUGCUCAAGUCGAUUGGCAGCUUUUCGCCGCUCGGUCACUACGGCUAUGGCAGUAAGAGACAACCCAUCGAGUCGCACCAAUUCAGCGUCACGAGCCACCAACGGAGCUUGGCCGGCGGCACGGAUGCGCAGGAGGGCCACAAGGAGAGGCUACACGCGCACGGUGGCAUUCCUGGCGUCUUCUUCAGCUACGACAUCAGCCCGAUGAAAGUAAUCAACCGGGAGGUCAGUCCAAAGACGUUUGCUGGGUUUCUGACGGGCUUGUGUGCUGUGGUGGGUGGGACUUUGACAGUUGCAGCUGCGGUUGACCGGGGCUUGUUUGAGGGAGCGACCAGGUUGAAGAAGCUGCACCAGGGUUAG